AAUGUCAAAUUUCCAAUUGUGGGGCAGCUAAAAUGUCUGCAAACUUCUGGAACGAUCCCGAUCAUUUGCUCCAUAUAAUUAUAACCAUUCUAAUUGUAGACAAUCUCUGGAGUCUCUAUCUGCUGCUACGUGAGAUACGAAUGGUAUAUCGGGUGGUGGAAGUGCCCGAGGUGAUAAGUCCUUACCUGCCGCAGGAACUGUUUGAAAGGAUGCGCAAAUAUAAACUGCAUAAAAGUUGGUUUACCGUGGUGAAUACUUUGGUUUUUGUGAUCACAAUUGGCGUAAUUGAGUUAUAUUUCGGUUUCUAUGGCUGGCUAUGGAACUUGGCCACGAAAUGCGCCGUAGCCCCUUGGAUGGAGCACGAGACAGUGGUUAGCAUUUUGUUUAUCCUAUUCCUAAGCACAUAUAUGACAAUUAAGGCUUUGCCGGGACAUCUAUAUGAGACAUAUUGUAUACCCAGUGUCCAAACGAAAUAUUAUCCCCCGCUGGGGAAACGUAUCCUUAAGGAGGUGAUUGAAAUAAUUCUAUGGCUAAUGGUCAUGAUCGUUUUGGUGCUCGCCAUUGUGUAUAGCUUCAUUGCCUUUGGAAACUAUGCCCUAUUGGGCAUGUACCUCCUGUCCAUAGUCUUCACAAUUAUUCUUAUACUGAUUGUUCCAUUCUUGAUUGAUCCGUGCAUAGGACAUCGUGUGCCCUUGGAGGAAUCAGCUUUGCGCACGGAAAUGGAACGUCUGACCGAGGCAGUGGGUUUUCCCAUCGAGCAGGUGCACAUUAUACAGGUCAAUGAUCCCAACACGGGCAGCAAUGCCUUCUUCUAUGGCUGUUGUUGCCUCAAGAGGAUAGUGAUAUUUGAUACGCUGCUUCUGAAUCGAGGACAAAGGAAUACCAGCGAUCUAUUGCCCCAUGAGGUGGGCAAGGGUCUGCGGGAUAAUCAAGUGAUUGCCGUUGUAUCCCAUGAGCUGGGUCACUGGAUGCAUGGACAUUUCUAUCGAGCCAUUAUUCUCUUCAAAAUUCACAUUCUGCUGACGUUUCUGCUAUUCGCCCUGUGCUUUUCCCAUGGACCCAUCUAUCAGGCAAUGGGCUUUGAGCCGGGCGUCCAACCCAUUAUAGUCGGGUUUGUGGUCAUGUUUGGUUUCGUUUUGACACCAUAUACGACCUUGGCCAACUUUGUUUUACUAACCAAUACGCGGCAUUUUGAGUAUCAGGCCGAUAGCUUUGCCUAUGAGCUGGGCUAUGAUCGGGAUCUGCGGGAGGCUCUACUCAAGUUGUAUGCCGACAAUUUGACAUAUCCCAUCACGGAUCCCUGCUACUCCUGCUGGAAUCAUACACACCCCACCAUAUUGGAUCGUUUGGAGCGGUUGGAGAGUCUAGAGAGAGGAGAACGCUUUAGUUGACAUUUCAUUUCGAAAUUGAAAUUUUUGACACUUGCAACUCAUAGCCGUAGUAAAAAAACUCAGCUCCCUUUGAGAAUAUCGAAUAUAUCAAAUGUUUCUACAUAUAUUUUAAAUUCAA